AUGGAAACCCCCCCACCACCAAUCUCGCCCUCUCACCUCCAGGCCUGGGUGCCCCUCCCCACAUCGCCCAUUGAGGGGAGCUGGCCCCCCAUCCCUCCCCUCCCUCUGCCCUACAAGGUGAACCGUCCCACGCAGUGGCUGCAUGCCACCACCCCGUCCGCCCCGAGGAGGUGCGAUUCCCCUCUGCAGCACGGGUGGAGGAGGGAGGUGCGCAUCAAAAGGGGGAACCACCGGUGGCAGGGAGAGACGUGGUACUAUGGGCCGUGUGGGAAGAGGAUGAAGCAGUUCCCGGAGGUGAUCAAGUAUCUGAAUAGGAACGUGGUGCAGGACGUCCGUCGGGAACACUUCAGCUUCAGCCCACGGAUGCCGGUGGGGGAUUUCUAUGAGGAGCGGGAUACACCGGAGGGUCUGCAGUGGGUGAAGCUGAGCCCCGAGGAGAUCCCAGCCCGUAUCCAGGCCAUCACUGGGAAACGUGGGCGACCCCGUAACGCUGAGAAGGUGAAACCCAAAGAGCUGCCAGCUGUGAAGCGAGGCCGCGGGCGGCCCCCAAAGGCCCGAAUGGUGGAUCUGCUCAGCAAGACGGAUGCCAGGCUGCUGAAGAGGCUGGAGGCCCAAGAGGUGCUCAGUGAUGAGGACAAGCUGAAAAUGAGCAAAAUCAAGAAGAAAAUGAGGCGGAAGGCCAAGAACAAGCAGAAGCAAGAGGCGAAAGCUCCCAAAGCCAAGGAGGCCAAGAAGAAAUGCAAGGCCAAGGAGAAGAAAGGCAAAAUGGAGAAGGGCAAAGACAAGGGGCGGCCCAAGGAGAAGAAGGGCAAAGGGCCGCGCAGGGUGGACAAGGGGCUGCUGGCCCAGCGGCGCCUGGAGGAGAGGAGACGGCAGCAGCUCAUCCUGGAGGAGAUGAAGAAGCCGACGGAGGAUAUGUGCCUGGCGGACCACCAGCCUCUUCCGACCUUCUCGCGCAUCCCAGGCCUGGUGCUGCCCAGCCGUGCCUUCUCCCACUGCCUGACGGUGGUGGAAUUCCUGCAGAGCUACGGCAAAGUGUUGGGCUUCGAGCCCAGCAGGGACGUGCCCAGCUUGAGCACGAUGCAGGAGGGGCUGCUGGGGGUGGGCGGCAGCGCCGGCGCCGUGCAGGACCUGCUGGUGAGGCUGCUGCAGGCUGCGCUCUAUGACCCAGGGCUGCCCCCCUACUGCCAGUCCCUUAAGAUCCUGGGUGAGAAGGUGUCAGAGAUCAGCCUGAACCGUGACACCGUCUCGGAGGUGCUGCGUUGUUUCCUGACGGCUCAUGGAGCCGAAGCUGAGCUGUGCACGAGGCUGCGCACAAAACCCUUCCAGGCUCUGCUCCCCGAGCACAAAGCUGCCAUCCUGGCCUUCCUGGUCAAUGAGCUCAACAGCAGCGCCCGCAUUAUUAGUGAGAUCGAUAAGACGUUGGAGAGCAUGUCGGCCUAUAGGAAGAAUAAAUGGAUCAUCGAGGGACGGCUGCGCCGGUUGAAGAUGGCUCUGGCCAAGAAGACGGGUCGCCCCGAGUCUGAGUUGAUGGCACUGGAGGACGGACGACGCCGGCGCAGCUCCCGCCUGUGUGAGGAGCCUGGGCUGGAGCUGGAGGAGGAGGAGGAGGGUCGGGGCCGCCGCUCCCGCCGGGACGAGGAGGCUGACACAUUGGCUUCCAGCAUCCCUGAGCUCGAGCGGCAGAUCGAGAAGCUGGCGAAGCGGCAGAUGUUCUUCCGCAAGAAGCUGCUCCACUCCUCGCAGACGCUGCGGGCGGCCUCGCUGGGUCAGGACCGGUACCGGCGGCGGUACUGGGUGCUGCCCCACCUGGGGGGGAUCUUCGUGGAGGGGGCAGAAGUGCCCGAGGAGCACCCGGAGGAGCCCCCGGAGCAGAAGGUGCUGCGCCCGGUGCCUGCGGUGAAGGAGGAGCCGCCGGACCCCGAGGUGCCGGUGCCGGUUCCCCAACGGGUCACCAUGAACUGUGUGGCUGCACGUGCCCGGGGAAGGCCGAGGAAGAGCAAAGAGGAGCCACGACCCCCACCCACCCCCCUGCCUGUCCCCCAACCCAUCCCCCCGCCCGUCCCCCCAUCCAUCCCCCCAUCCAUCCCCCCCAAAUCGCCGCCCAUCAACGGGGCUCUGGAGGAGCCGCUGUCACUGGGGCAGAGCCAGCACGACCUCAGCCAGUCUGCCUUCCUGUCGUGGCUCAGCCAGACGCAGCCCUCGCUGCUCACCGACUCAGUGCUCACCCCAGACAGCAGCCCUGGAGCGGGGGAUGUGGGGCUGCCACCCCUCGAGGCCUCGUCUGACCCCACGGAGGAGGAGAGCAGCACAGAGACUGCGGAUACGCAGGGGCCGUGGUUCAGCCCCCUGCCCCGCGAUGACCGAGUCCCCCACACGCCUUCCUCAGCUGAGCCCCAACCUCCCCACAGGGAGCAGCCCCACAGGGAUCAACCCCACAGGGAUCAGCCCAAGGCCUCGGCCAGGCAGCUGAAUGGGCUCCCAGCAGACGACCCCACCUCCCCUCUGCUCGCCUCCACCCCGGUCCCCGCUGGUGCCAGGGCCCCCCCCGCCUGUCCCCGGAGCCGGAAUAGCCUGGAGAAGCUGCAGGACCCCCCAGGGCAACCCAAGCGGCGGGGGAGACCCCCUACCAAGUUCUUCAAGCAGAUGGAGCAGAAAUACCUGACGCAGCUGACGGAGCAGCCGGUUCCCCCCGAGAUGCGGAGUGGGUGGUGGUGGCUGCAGGACCCCGAGCAGCUGGAGGCGGUGGCACGAGCUCUGCACCCGCGGGGCAUCCGAGAGAAAGCACUGCACAAACACCUGACCAAGCACAGGGAGUACCUGCGGGAGGUCUGCCUGCGUGCUGCCACGGACCCCAUCUUCCACCCCCGCCCCGAGACAGCCGCCGUCACCGCCGCAUCUCAGGAAGCGUUGGCCCAAUGGUCGGUGAUGGAGAGGGCGUACGAGGCUGAUCUGUCGGUGCUGCAGUGGGUGGAGGAGCUGGAGCAGCGUGUGCUGAUGGCCGACCUGCAGAUCAGGGGAUGGACGUGCCCCAGCCCCGACUCCACGCGCACCGACCUGCGGUACUGCGAGCACAAAGUGGAGCCCCUGGAGGACAUCACGGUGCGCAGCCGGCGGGACGGGCUCCCCCCACGCCGCGAGGACACCAACCCCCUGGACCUGGCCGUGCGGCGCCUGGCGGCGUUGGAGCAGAACGUGGAGCGACGCUACCUAAAAGAACCACUGUGGGCAGCGCACGAGGUGGUGCUGGAGAAGGUGGUGCUGAGCGGCCCCGAGGAGCUGAGCCCAACAGAGAUUGCCUAUGAAAUCACCCCCCGCGUGCGGACGUGGCGGCAGACGUUGGAGCGGUGCCGCAGUGCAGCGCAGGUGUCGCUGUGCAUCCACCAGCUGGAGCGCUCCAUCGCAUGGGAGAAGUCUGUCAACAAAGUGACGUGCCUGGUGUGUCGGCGUGGGGAUGACGAUGAGAACCUGCUGCUGUGUGAUGGCUGCGACCGCGGCUGCCACCUCUACUGCCACCGCCCGCGUAUGGCCGCCGUGCCCGAGGGCGACUGGUUCUGCUCCGUCUGCGUCUCACGGGCACAGCAAUACCCGGAGCCCCUCACCCCGCGGCGGGGGAAGAAGCGGAAACGGGGCCGUGUGCCGGGGGGGGGCCCAGCAGAGGAUGAUGGCAGCAGCCCCCCCCGACGUAGGGCGGCAUCGCGGCGUCCCGAGGGGGCAUCACCCCCAACCAAACGGCGCUCAGCCCCCCCCCGGGGCCCACCCGGCGACCUGACCUUCUGCGAGAUCAUCCUGAUGGAGAUGGAGGCACAUGAGGACGCCUGGCCCUUCCUGGAGCCCGUCAACCCCCGCCUGGUGCCCGGCUACCGCCGCAUCAUCAAACACCCCAUGGACUUUGGCACCAUGCGCGUGCGGCUGCUGCGGGGCGGGUACUCGAGCGCGGCUCAGUUUCGUGCUGACGCCACUUUAGUGUUCGACAACUGCCGGACCUUCAACGAGGACGAUUCCGCCGUGGGUCGCGCUGGGCACAACAUGAGACGCUUCUUCCAGAGCCGAUGGGACGAAUUCUACCAGGGACCCCCCCAGCACUGAUGCUACCUGCUG